AUGGGUGGCGACAAAGCUCUUAGCCUCGAAGAGAUCAAGAACGAGACUGUUGAUUUGGAAAAAGUCCCGAUCGAGGAAGUUUUCGAGCAGUUGAAAUGCACCCGAGAGGGUCUGAGUUCCGACGAGGGGGCCAACCGGCUUCAGAUUUUCGGUCCCAACAAGCUGGAAGAGAAAAAGGAAAGCAAGCUUCUCAAGUUUCUCGGUUUCAUGUGGAAUCCCCUCUCAUGGGUCAUGGAGGCUGCCGCUUUAAUGGCCAUUGUCCUGGCUAACGGUGGUGGAAAGCCUCCCGACUGGCAGGAUUUUGUGGGUAUCAUUUGCUUGCUCGUGAUCAACUCGACUAUCAGUUUCAUUGAAGAAAACAAUGCUGGAAAUGCAGCUGCAGCCCUCAUGGCUGGCCUUGCUCCCAAAACAAAGGUCCUUCGAGACGGGAGGUGGAGCGAACAGGAAGCCGCCAUCCUCGUCCCAGGCGACAUCAUCAGCAUCAAGCUCGGUGACAUCAUCCCUGCCGAUGCCCGUCUCCUCGAAGGCGACCCCCUCAAAGUCGACCAGUCGGCUCUCACCGGCGAGUCGCUUCCCGUCACCAAAAACACUUACGACGAGGUCUUCUCCGGCUCGACCUGCAAGCAGGGCGAAAUUGAGGCUGUCGUUAUAGCCACCGGAGUCCACACAUUCUUCGGCAAGGCGGCCCACCUCGUCGACAGCACAAACCAAGUCGGACACUUCCAGAAGGUUCUAACCGCCAUCGGAAACUUCUGCAUCUGCUCGAUUGCUGUCGGCAUGCUCGCCGAGAUCAUUGUCAUGUACCCGAUCCAACACCGGCCGUACCGUAAAGGAAUCGACAAUUUGCUCGUCCUGUUAAUCGGGGGAAUCCCAAUUGCUAUGCCGACAGUGCUCUCGGUGACUAUGGCUAUCGGGUCCCACAGGCUUUCUCAGCAAGGGGCUAUCACGAAGAGGAUGACUGCUAUUGAGGAGAUGGCCGGGAUGGAUGUGCUGUGUAGUGAUAAAACGGGGACUUUAACGCUCAACAAGCUGACGGUCGAUAAGAGUUUGAUCGAGGUUUUUGCGAAAGGUAUGGAUCCGGAACAAGUGCUGCUUAUGGCUGCUCGGGCCUCGAGAACCGAGAAUCAAGAUGCGAUCGAUGCAGCUAUUGUUGGGACGCUUGCUGAUCCAAAGGAGGCGAGAGCUGGUAUCAGGGAGGUUCACUUCUUCCCUUUCAACCCUGUGGAUAAGAGGACGGCUUUGACUUACAUCGACUCGAAUGGGAACUGGCAUAGAGCUAGCAAGGGAGCUCCCGAGCAGAUUUUGACGCUCUGCAACUGCAAGGACGAUUUGAAGAAGAAGGUGCACAGUGUUAUCGAUAAGUUCGCCGAACGUGGGCUCAGGUCGCUGGGCGUUGCUUAUCAGGAAGUGCCGGAGAAAUCGAAGGAUGCCCCAGGUGCCCCGUGGAAAUUUGUCGGGCUCUUGUCGCUUUUCGAUCCUCCCAGGCAUGACAGUGCCGAAACUAUCCGUAGGGCUCUGAAUCUUGGUGUAAAUGUGAAAAUGAUUACUGGUGAUCAACUCGCCAUUGGUAAGGAGACCGGGCGUAGGUUGGGUAUGGGAGUAAACAUGUACCCAUCCUCUUCUCUUCUCGGUCAGCACAAGGACGAGUCAAUAGCCAGCCUUCCUGUUGAGGAAUUAAUCGAGAAGGCCGAUGGUUUUGCCGGGGUCUUUCCAGAACAUAAGUACGAGAUCGUGAAGAAGCUUCAGGAAAGGAAGCACAUUGUUGGAAUGACUGGAGACGGUGUGAAUGAUGCCCCCGCUUUAAAAAAGGCCGAUAUUGGAAUUGCUGUGGCUGAUGCUACAGAUGCCGCAAGAGGAGCUUCAGAUAUUGUGUUGACUGAGCCGGGUCUUAGUGUAAUUAUUAGUGCUGUUUUGACCAGCCGAGCCAUUUUCCAGAGGAUGAAAAAUUACACGAUUUAUGCGGUUUCCAUCACAAUCCGUAUCGUCUUUGGUUUCAUGUUCAUUGCUUUGAUAUGGAAGUUCGAUUUCUCGCCAUUCAUGGUUUUGAUCAUUGCCAUUUUGAACGACGGUACAAUUAUGACCAUCUCGAAGGAUAGAGUUAAACCAUCACCAUUGCCCGACAGCUGGAAAUUGAAAGAGAUAUUCGCCACCGGCAUCGUUCUUGGAGGCUAUCUUGCCUUGAUGACCGUCAUAUUCUUCUGGCUCAUGCAUAAAACCGACUUUUUCCAUGACACAUUUGGUGUUAAAAACAUUAGAAACAGCGAGGAUGAGAUGAUGGCCGCUUUAUACUUGCAAGUGAGUAUCGUUAGCCAGGCCCUCAUAUUCGUGACCAGGUCACGAAGCUGGUCUUUUCUCGAGCGCCCAGGACUUCUACUUGUGACAGCUUUCCUCAUUGCACAACUGGUUGCUACUCUUAUAGCUGUUUACGCCAACUGGGGUUUCGCAAGAAUUAAAGGCUGUGGCUGGGGAUGGGCCGGAGUUAUCUGGAUUUACAGUGUCGUAUUUUAUUUCCCACUCGAUUUGAUGAAGUUCGCUAUUCGUUACAUAUUGAGUGGAAAGGCGUGGCAAAACUUAUACGACAACAAGACUGCUUUCACCACCAAGAAAGAUUACGGGAAAGAGGAGAGAGAAGCCCAAUGGGCGCACGCUCAACGAACUUUGCACGGCCUGCAAACACCGCAAGAUAGUAACCUCUUCAACGAGAAGAGCAGUUACCGUGAAUUGUCUGAAAUUGCAGAACAGGCCAAGAGGAGGGCUGAGAUUGCAAGGCUUCGUGAGCUUCAUACACUCAAGGGACAUGUAGAAUCGGUUGUGAAGCUAAAGGGGCUCGACAUCGAGACAAUCCAGCAGCACUACACAGUUUGA